AUGCUUUUCCUUUUCUUUCUCACACCUUCUUCUUCUUCUUCUUCUUCUUCUUCUUCUCCUCCGCCCCUUCUUCUUCCUCUUCUUCUUCGCCUUUUCUUCUGCUUCUUCUUCUUCUUCUCUUCUUCUCCUCUUCUUCUUCUUCUUCUCUCCCUUUUUUUCUUUCUUUCUUUCUUUCUUUCUUUCUUUCUUUCUUUCUUUCUUUCUUUCUUUCAAACAUCCAUCGAUUCAUUUUACUGUAUUUUAUUUUUCCUUUCAUUUUCUCCAGAAUUCUGUCUUUCUACUGAAUUUCUUUCAGAAACAGUUCUUUUUCUCUCCUUCUUUCAUUCUUUCUUCCUUCCUUUUUUCUUUCUUUCUUUCUUUCUUUCUUUCUUUCUUUCUUUCAAGAAUUCCUUGAUUCUUUUUACUAACCAGUUCUUUCUUUCUUUCUUUCUUUCGUUCUUUCUUUCGUUCUUUCUUUCUUUCGAAUUCAAUAAUGAAUAUUAA